CACAUGUUUGUCAAAUCUGCGGUAUUUUCGAAACUCUUUGUUAAGAAAUUACCUAUAAUUGUAAAUAUACCGAUUUUGAACUUUCAUGUAUUUUUUGAACGCUGACUCCAUUAUAAUUAUUUUCUAAUUAUAAGACUCGCAAGUAAUAACUAUAAAUACAAAAUAGGUUCUUUAAUGACAUUCAGUUAUAAAACUUACCAAAAUGAGUUCUGAUUUUAAAAUAUAUAACGCAACCGAUGUGUGGCAAAUUGAAACAAGCUUACCUUCUAUACCUACAUUUAGUCAAAGUCUUGAUAAAAUUCUUGGUACCAAUGGAAUACAACUAGGAUCACUUACAGAGUUGCUUGGUUUAUCUGGGUCUGGAAAAACUCAACUAUGUUUACAACUUUGUGCUUCUGUACAAAUACCUAAAGUCCUAGGUGGGCUUAAUUCUGAAGCUCUAUAUGUUGAUACCAAUGCAAACUUUACAGUAGAGAGAUUCAAGGAAAUAUUAUUUUCUAGCAUAGCAAAAUGUCAAGCAAUUAUGGGUUCUUCAAUAUUAAUAAAAGAAGAAGAUGCGCUGAAGAAAUUCCAUUAUGUAAAAGCAUUUGGUCUAGAAAACUUCUGUGCAUUUUUAUAUCAAAUACCUAAUUUUUUAACAGAUAAGCCUCAUAUCAAGCUGAUAAUCAUUGAUUCAAUAGCAUUUCCGUUUAAAGAAGGCAUAUCUUUGAAGCAAAGAACUGGUUUACUUUUUAGGUUGAUGGCUGGUUUACAAAAGAUAGCCUUAAAUAAACAAAUUGCUGUUGUGUUAACAAAUGAAAUGACUACCAGAAUAGGACUAUCAACGGGAGCUAUAGUAGGUUCUCUUGGGGAUACUUGGUCGCAUCGUUGUAACACUCGUUUACUACUGACUGCUCCAGAACCGCUUAGAAAUUUAAGAUUAGCUGUGAUACUUAAGAGUAAUGUUGCAGCAGAGGGCGUUGCGAAGUUCCAGAUAACGAGCGAUGGUAUUCGGGACGUUCAAUAAAAUACAAUUAAAACAUACGAUAGUUUUAUUAAUAAUGUAUUCAUGUAUAUAUUAUUAUACACCGUAAACAAAACUACAGCACCAAUAAAUAUCUCAUUUUCACAAAAA